AUGACAGUUGAGAAACGCGAAGAAUCCCAGACGCCAUUUAUCACCGCGGAGGAAAAGGACAUAUUUGUAGAAACGACGAGUGACUACAGCGAUGAAUCCCUCCGUCGUGAGAGACGGAGGAUGAUUCUCUCCAAGGUCGCAUCAUUGGUCCGGCCUGUACAUGCCUAUCGAUUAGGUAAACGUUUCGCAUACUGUUUUGUGCCCCAGAUCGCACGAACCUACAUCUGGAACGACACGGCCUCCAAACCAAAGUUCUUUCCAACGAGUUAUCUGAACGGUCUGCGUGGCAUCACGUCCGUCAAAGUCUUCACUUUUCACUACACCUUCGCUUUCAGCGACUUUGGCUUUGCUCCCUGGGGAACCAAUUCGGGUCACCGAUACAUUCUAGAGCUACCCAUCAUCCGCUAUUUCUAUUCUGGGUUUACCGCACACGUCUUUUUCGGCAUCGCGGGCUACUUGACCACGUUGAGACUGUUCCAGCUGAUCGACAAGCAUGAUCAGGCCUCUCAGGCCAAGGUUCUUCAGACCGUCUCCGGUGCGGUCUUCCGCCGCGGAUUUAGACUUUACCUUCCUGUGUUCAUCGUGACACUCAUCACAACGACGUACAUCCACUUCGGCUUCUACGAAACGAAUCGGCCCUUGUUGCUGGAUCGUGGUAGACUGUUCCCCGGCGUCUGGAACGAACCCAAACCUCAUAUGCUUCCGACCGUCUAUGAACAAUUUCGCUUCUGGCUCCAUGAAAUGUUCGAUUUGACCAAGUUUCUCGAGCAUGGUUCUGUCUAUCCGUGGCACGAUCAGCAUUUAUGGUCGAUCCUGGCUGAAAUGCAAGGAUCUCUGCACUUGUAUGCUAUCCUUGUUGCAACCGCAUUGUGUCGGAGACCCGUUCGGUUGAUUGUGAUGAUUGCCAUGACAUAUGUGUACUUCGUUUGGAACUGUUGGCAAAUUUGGGUGUACAUCCUCGGCGCAAUUGUGGCACAAGUUGAUUUACUGUUGACCGAGCGCGAUGAAGACAGGAAAAACUCCUUGACACUGGAAAAACUCCCGCCUUCUCCGCCGCGCUCGCCGACACAGGGGCCCAGACCAUCGAACUCCUGGUCCCGCUAUCGUCGCUCAGUGCCCCUCACCUACUCGACCGCCUAUUCCGCAUCUCGGGCGUUCGGCUUCUUGGUCGCAUUUUACCUGCUAUCUUAUCCGAUUGAUGGAGCGCGAGAUUACGCACCAGGGUAUAUGACGCUGAACAAGUUCAUUCCAGGAUGGAUGGAGCGAAAGGACAAGUUUUAUCCCAACUUUGGCACCGCCCUCCUCAUCCUGCUGCUGGCACGUUCCGACCCCAACAACUCGAUCUGGCGUCGGAUACUCAACAGCGACUUUGCGCAGUAUCUUGGAAAAAUCAGCUUCGGACUGUACCUUACCCAUGGCCCUGUCCUCCAUGCUUUUGGCUAUAUGAUUCCCCACCGAGUAUGGUGGGCGAUGGGCACCGAGGGUAUCGAAACCGCAAACUUACCGUGGAUCACCGCCGUCCUCAUUGGUUGGUCCAUCAGCCUACUGUUCUGCCUUUGCGUGGCCGAUGUGUGGAACAGGGAGGUGGAGAAUCGAUGUGUGAAGGCGGUGAAGAAAUUAGAAGAGUUUUGCUUUGCACCCAAAAAAUAG